UCAUCCACUCCGCCCGUCCCUCCCACCCCCACCAACCAAAACCCACAACCGCCGAGGUCGUUGCGCAUCCCCUCCCCCCCGAGCGCCUCCGCCCCCACCCCCGCCCCCGCCUCCGCCUGCCCCCCUCCCCCUCGCCACCCGACGACGCGGCGACGGAGGGCUCGAUGUCGUUCCACUACCCGGACCACGGGCUCGCGAUGGACGCGGCGGCGGCCGCCGCCUCGUCGCCAAACCCUAGCUUCUCACCCGGCGGCGGCGGCGGGGAGAGGGAGAAGGCGGCCAUCGCGGCCCACCCGCUGUACGAGCGGCUCCUGGAGGCCCACGUCGCCUGCCUCCGCGUCGCCACCCCCGUCGACCAGCUCCCCCGCAUCGACGCGCAGAUCGCGGCCCGCCCGCCCCCGCUCGCCGCCGCCGCCGCGGCCGCGGGCGGGCCCUCCGGUGGCGAGGAGCUCGACCUCUUCAUGACACAUUAUGUAUUGCUUCUCUGUUCAUUUAAAGAACAACUCCAGCAGCAUGUACGUGUUCAUGCAAUGGAAGCAGUGAUGGGUUGUUGGGAGCUUGAACAAUCCUUACAAAGUCUAACAGGGGCAUCUCCUGGUGAAGGCACUGGGGCGACUAUGUCUGAUGAUGAAGAUAACCAAGUGGAUAGUGAGGCCAACAUGUUUGAUGGAAACGAUGGGUCAGAUGGUAUGGGCUUUGGUCCCCUGAUAUUGACCGAGGGUGAACGGUCUUUGAUUGAACGUGUUCGACAUGAGCUGAAGAGUGAGCUUAAACAGGGGUACAAAGAAAAGCUGGUUGAUAUCAGGGAGGAGAUCAUGCGCAAGAGGAGAGCUGGUAAACUUCCCGGGGAUACUGCAGCUACAUUGAAAGCCUGGUGGCAAGCUCAUUCCAAGUGGCCGUACCCUACCGAAGACGACAAGGCUCGCCUGGUGCAGGAGACGGGGUUACAACUGAAGCAGAUUAACAAUUGGUUCAUCAACCAACGCAAAAGGAACUGGCACAGCAGCAACACAGCUUCCUCUAGCGAAAAGACCAAGAAGAAAAGGUAAUGACGGCACGGAGCAAUCGUGGUAGACCGGGUCCCAGAUGAAACAAACUAGAUGUAAACUAUACUUUUAUCAUGAAGAUUGCUGCAGUAUAUUCUCUCCCUCUCCUCUUUCUUUCUGGUGGGGCAACUAGAUACGAAGACGACCCGUUCACAAGCAAGUUCAAAGGCAAAGAAGGUAUCAAUAAUAGUUGACCAAAGGUGGUAGCGACUCCGGAUGUACAGUGUGAGUGUUUUGCUGAUGUAAUUUGUGUAAGCCUGUGUUGUAUAACCGAGGAACGGAAGGGGGCAUUGUGUUGGUGUAUGUACUUGUAUAUUCGAUUCAUCAUGUAACAAUAUGUUAGACAGACACGGAUUGGGUGUUCUGUGGGUGUGAUGCACGGUGUGGCAUGGUCUGGAACGAAACCGUUUUGUUUGAGAUGUAUUGGAAGUGUGGAAGGCUAAGUUAUGCAGUAGUAUUUGUAAGCUCAUGCAUACGGA